CAUAAAUCACAUAGUGGCGAAACUGACGAACUCGGUGGGGUAUAAAGUUCACAAGUUUCGGUGGGAAUUUUGAAUUUUUUUGCAAAAAACUGCAAAUAUCAUCUGGCAUUGUUUAUGUUUUUAGUGGUUUCCAGUGGGAAGAGUAUGUGUGGUGGUGGCUUCCCACCACGCAUACUCAAAUUACGCAUAUGACAAAUUGAGACGAAUCAGGAAAAAAUGCAAUUUUUUGAGCUUCUCAAUCUUAUACCGAGAUUAAAUAUCAAAAACCUGUGCAAAAAAUAAUGCAUGGGGUAACAUACGGGAGAAAUAUUGAGCGAGAGACUGUAUUGGCUGAUAGAGCGGCCAGAGCAAACUAUUACGCCCCGUUAACACCCCGAUGCACACUCGCACCUUCGUCAUCGUCGAAGGUAAUGGAUUUCAUUAAAUACAAGUAUUAAUUCGCCACGAGGGAAAUUCUGUUGGUUCCGCGAGCAACCAAGAGGCAAACUUCCAAAAGUUGUAGAUUUGAAUUUGGAUUCCACAUGUAUUUGUAUCUCUUUUCGACAACUGUCUUAUUCGGAACGACGAGGUGUUUUAGAACAAGAAGAAGAAACCAUCGUUGCUAAAAAGAUCCCGUGGGUGUUCGUGUCAAUUGUUAAAUUUGGAAAGAUACAGAACGCCCGAAAUAAAAUAUAUCCCUCAAAACAAGUCUCACCGGAGGAGGACAAGUGACAAGUGAAAAUCUUUGAAUUUCAGAAUAUUUUAUUUUUUCUUUAUGCAAUGACGGCAACGAGAAGACGUCUGCAUAUUUUAUGGCUGAACUUAUUUAUGUAUGUAUGUGCGAAUUUGAUGAUGGGGUAAUCAGCAGACGAAGUAGACUUAAUUCUUGUGGGCGAGGAUGAUGGUGAGGAAAUGCGACACACACAUGCAAUGCCAACAUAUGAUGAUAUUUUGUAGAUCAGACAAAUCUAUGAAGACAUAUUUAGUUCCGUCGUCGUGAGAAGCAAUUUUCUAGAGUUUCAACCUUGGAAUGAGAAAUUUAUUGAAUCGAGGAGAAAGUAGUCAACACUUUCUCGCAUGACAGCCAGUUUCAGUAGGGAUGAGAAACCCACCUCUUGAGAAAUAAGAAUUAUGAUUACGAAUCCGAGUUGUUCGAAUGCGAAACUUGUCAACCCAGAAUUUUCUCAGCUUUGUUAAUGCUCGCCUGCUUUCACCGGAUGCCCCACCUUCUCACCAUCUCCGUAGGUGAAAAUAAUAAAUGGGAAAACAAAAAAACUAUCAAGUCAGCCGACAGUAUGUCGGAUGAUACUACUUGGAAAUUUAAAAUUCAAAUGGUUCCCAUUCGUCAUCAUCAGAAUGGAUGUGCCGGUGUCUUGGAGGAAUAAUUUGUGUGCGAGUUUACAAGGCUUCCCCAGAGGUUCCGUUUGACGCAUCUUUUGGAAAUUUCUCUGCUUUGAAGGUCACCAAUGUUCAUAUUCGUAUGUACGUACGUAAGUAAAUGCAAUAUAUCCAUCUGCAUAUGUAUGUAUGUCUCAAUAUACAACAUAAUCUAAUUUUAGACGCUUCUUAAUUGCUCUUUUCUCAAGAGCGCAUAGAUAAUUUAACACUACGCAAACAGUAAAUAUGUAAUGACUUGAAAUCAAUCCUACCCUUACAUCACCGCAAAUUUAAAUUGCCCGAACGGAGAACCAGACAGAUUGCAUUGCUCGUACAUACACAUUAUUAUUGGCACCAUGUAUGUAUUAAGUAGUCACCGUCGUCGAUAUCGAAUGAACAUGUCGCCUGACGUCAAGCCAACUUAACUCUGCUUCCUCACCCCUCCCACCUUAAGCCUCCUGCAACAUGGUUGAUACACUUGCAACUAGUCAUCGAGAGCAGAUCACGACCGUUCUUCUCGCUUGAUUUGAUAUUCCAUCCGUGUUUGGUCAUACGACUGACUACGUGUUUGUAUGUAUGUAGGUUAUCCCACAAAGUAACUGCCAUUGGCCAACAUCAUCAUUCUUCUUCAUCAUCAAACAGUUGGUUGGUUGGUUGGUUGGGGUGCAAAUAUAUAAAGCAAUGUGGGGUACGUUUGAGGCGCACAGUGCUCAAAAGCGACGCUCUCUCAACCACCACUGACUCAGGCGAUCGAGGUACAAAAAUUGGGAUAGCUUUCUCUCUCAGAGUUACUUAAACUUGGAGACUGACGGGGAUCGGACGGAGCUUUCUCUUUCACUCUCGAACCCGCUUUCACUCCACCACCACCACCACCACCACCACCACCGACCACCACAGCCAAACAUCAACGACCCACCGACCACCACCCAGAGACAGCAAAGCCAGACAACCCUAGCUAAUAUCACAAAUCACAGGUCGCCCCAAACCCUCAAUCAUCUCAUCUCAUCUUGUCUCAAUUUGCCUCAUUUCAUCCCCAUCUUGAUCCUCUCUUCUUCACUUUCUCUACUCUUGUUCAUCUUGUAAACGACAAAUUCAGACUUUAAACGAUGAAGAUGAAACGCUCAGGCAAUAUGACGACGGCUGCCCCCCAAGUAAUCCUCCUCGUCUUGGCCUCUUGUGCCUGUGUGUGGGCUGCCCAAAUGUCAGACAACUAUGAAAAGAUGAGGUUGCUCUACAACUACCCCUCUGGCUUCAAACGACUCCCUUCUUACGACUUUGGGUUGGGGAAACGGUCCUUCGGUGAGUCGGACUUGGCAUCAGCCUCGUCGUCAUCAUACGAGGAGCAGCUGUCCCCACUGGACGCUCUGCUAGAACAGCAGCAGCAACAACAGCAAGGGGGUGGUCAACAGCUCGCUUACGUGUACCCCAACGCCUUCGGGAAAAGGACCCGAGCUUACGGAUUCGGACUUGGCAAAAGGUUAACCCAGAAUGAGAAUUGGAAAUUGGGUGGCUCUUCUUUCGCUGCGCCCACAUAUCGGCAAGAAAGGCGUUCAAAGAUUUAUUCCUUUGGGCUGGGGAAAAGACAAAGUCAUGACGGGAUGGAGGAUUACGAUGGAAAUGCGAGUCCACCGACGGCAGAAAGGAGAGCAAGUUCUCAACGACAAUUUGCCUUUGGACUCGGGAAACGGGAUCUCAAUGCUGCAAAGGAAUGAGGAAAAAUUGUAGGAAGUUGGCAAUUUGAGUCCAAAACUUUCACCAUCACCAAACCACAAGAAAUAUCUUCAAUCCCACCAAUACCAUUACUACUACCAUUACCAUCACCAACUACUACCAACAACAUCGCCACUACAGUACCAUCGCCAACGCCAGUCCGUACUGGUAUCAUGCACAUCAAAAAUAUCAGCCAUGACAAAGAAUGACGACGGUCGACAACGACGACGACGACAACAACGAUGAUAUUUGGCUACAAAACAGCAACACCACACUUUCUCCAGUAUAAAUUUAAAUAUGUACCUAUUUAUAAUUCUUUAGUCGACUAACAAUUAUGUAGAUUUGUACAAUCCUCAUCCUUUUAUCUCGAUAAUCUCAAGUUGAGAUUCUCAACCACUAUUUUCCCCAUCCGUUCGUUCCUUCCUACGGCUUCUGCAACAUCUAAUUAUUGGAUCCCGAAUAAAAGCUUGUUCCUUUGCUCUGUAAGUAAGUGUCGAGUAAUCAUCAAAUGUUACCAAAUAUUGUUGCACUUCCGGUUCCAUGCACCUUCUAAACAUGUAAUUCUUUAUCUGUAUCGUCAGAAUCGUGUACUUUAAAACUACUAGUUUAGCAACGUUUCCACCAAAAUUGUCCAUCCUGUAAGAUAUCCACUUGUAAUAAAGGAAAAUGAAAAUGUAGAAAUUUAAAUCCUAAAAAAAUGUCAAUCAAAUCUAUGUACUCAUUCGCCUGCUACCUUAAUUUGCAUAAUUAUCAUGACUUGUUGUUAUUCCCAUUGUUGUAAUCUUUCUAAAUAGCUGGCUUGGUGGCUUAUUCUUACGCAGUAUUUGCAGCAGAAGUAUUUCAUGUUCUAUGUCCUCCGGUAGUGUAUAAGUUUUGUGAUUUCAGCAUGUAAUUGUUAUGUAUAAUAUUGUAUAUGGAAAUAUGUUAGUUGUAUAUGUAGGCUGUAGUUUUAGACUGGUUAUCAUAUUCCCUUAUUUUUGUCGUCCUAUCGCUACUAUGCUGUAAAUAGUUUUAGUACAACAAUUAGCAGAAAAUUGUAUAAAAUAUCAAAUGAAAGUAGAUAUUCGGAGUAUAUUAGUUGUUGUUGUUUGCACCUGUAAUUCACGAAAUUCAGUUUGUAUUAUUAAUUCAUAACAUUUACAUGAGCAGUGUAAAGUGCACAUUAUUCUCAUGAAAUCCAUAUUAUUAAUCAAUCAAUCGAUCGAUUAAAGAAAUCGGAAUGCAGCAGAAGCAGAAGCAGCAGCAGCUACAUUAGACUAAACUGCAACUAUAAAAUUUAAUUGUGCAACCUUAUCCAAUAUGAGUCAUAAAAAGAUUUAAUUAAUGUAUGAAAUUUUUGCUUGGGUCUAAAUAAAAAUGACCGAAUGGUUACCUUGUUAAGAUGUCUA